AUGCUCCAGGGAAGACAGUGUGAGGAUUUAGUACUCAUCAUCAGUACGAUAUCCCUUGUAUUAUUCAUUGGUUGUGUAGUUUCACACUUCUACGUCGAUCAGAUUCACACAGCUUUUAUUGCACGCUUCUUCACCCUCGUCCCUGGUAGUCUUUUAUUUGAAAAUUUCAGCGGGAACAAUACAGCACUUAACACAUCGCUUUACCUUUACAACUUAACCAACGAGAAAGCCGUUCUCAAUGGGGCCAGACCAGUUUUCACGGAAGUUGGACCGUUUCGUUAUAAGAAGCAAACAUUUAAGAAAGAUGUGAAAUUUUCUGGCGAAUCGCCUCCAAGAUAUCUUCAAUACAAAGCCAUUACGUACUAUUUUCAAGUUCAUGAUGAAAUGUCUGUGGACCCAUUUGUCGGCAAAGUAACUUCUUUGGAUAUUUUUACAGCAGCUAUGACGUUAAAAAGUAGUGCUAUUACACAAUUUAUCAACUCUGCCCCAUUUAUUACACGAACGCCUUACGAAAUAAUUUGGGGCUACUCAUACGGUCUUAUAAAAGCAUGUGGUCUCAUGCGCAUCUGUCCGAAUUCAAAAAUAUCCGUUUUUGUCACUGAGAAUGGGACAUCAGAGAAUGAGUUCGUUAUUAAAACUGGAGUCGAUGAUAUUAAUGAGCUUGGAAAAGUGGUGGAAUUCAAUGGCCAAAGUGUUUUAAAUGUAUGGAAAAGCGAAUAUGCGAACUAUAUCAAUGGGAGUGAUGGAUUUUCCUUGGGGCCAGGACUCACUGUCGGUUCGCGAAGAUAUAUAUUUGCCCAUGGCGUUUGUCGUUCUGUAAUGAUGGAGGCUACGAAAGAAGUACCCCACCCCGCUUAUCCUGCAUUAAAGGUAUUACUGUUCGAACCGGCCUCGGAAGAUAAAAUGGACAACAGUGUUUAUCCAUCACCACAGGAGUUUUGUCAAGGUAGGAGUUACGAACCGAAGUGUGCUCCUAAAGGUUUGGUGGCAUUAUCUCCCUGUUUAAAAGACACCAACUAUCUACCAAUUUACGGCUCACAAGGACACUUCAUCGAUGUCGACCACAGCAUUCGCAAUCGAUUUCGUGGCAUUCCAGAACCGGAUUACAACCUGGACAGAACAUAUAUGCUGGUCGAUCCUGUGACGGGAAUCACGUUGGGCGCUCACCAAGUUAUGCAGUUAAAUUACUACAUAGACAAUCCAAGUCUGAAAAGCAUACCAUAUCAAAAUAUGGCUGGAAACCUGUUCUUUCCGAUUGUGAGAAUUGUAAUGGAGAAUGGGACAUCAGAGAAUGAGUUCGUUAUUAAAACUGGAGUCGAUGAUAUUAAUGAGCUUGGAAAAGUGGUGGAAUUCAAUGGCCAAAGUGUUUUAAAUGUAUGGAAAAGCGAAUAUGCGAACUAUAUCAAUGGGAGUGAUGGAUUUUCCUUGGGGCCAGGACUCACUGUCGGUUCGCGAAGAUAUAUAUUUGCCCAUGGCGUUUGUCGUUCUGUAAUGAUGGAGGCUACGAAAGAAGUACCCCACCCCGCUUAUCCUGCAUUAAAGGUAUUACUGUUCGAACCGGCCUCGGAAGAUAAAAUGGACAACAGUGUUUAUCCAUCACCACAGGAGUUUUGUCAAGGUAGGAGUUACGAACCGAAGUGUGCUCCUAAAGGUUUGGUGGCAUUAUCUCCCUGUUUAAAAGACACCAACUAUCUACCAAUUUACGGCUCACAAGGACACUUCAUCGAUGUCGACCACAGCAUUCGCAAUCGAUUUCGUGGCAUUCCAGAACCGGAUUACAACCUGGACAGAACAUAUAUGCUGGUCGAUCCUGUGACGGGAAUCACGUUGGGUGCUCACCAAGUUAUGCAGUUAAAUUACUACAUAGACAAUCCAAGUCUGAAAAGCAUACCAUAUCAAAAUAUGGCUGGAAACCUGUUCUUUCCGAUUGUGAGAAUUGUAAUGGAUGUUAGCGCGGAUGCAGACGCCUUGAAAACAAUACACACUCUGGUUCACGGCAGCAAAUACUGGCUCAAUAUUGCAAUCUACAUAUUCGGUGGAUUGUGUUUGGUCGCGUUCUUCUCCACGAUGGCCGUAAUACUCAAAAUGAAUCGGAAUCGCUCGUGA